AUGGUGAAGUUCCUGCUGCUCGCUCUUGUGUUAGGUGUGUCCUUUGCACAUCAUAACAAUCCUGAAAUCACUCCCUCAGAGGUUGACGGGAAUUGGCGCACCCUUUACAUAGGUGCAGAUAAUGUGGAGAAGGUACUCAAAGGUGGACCUCUGAGAGCUUACUUUCAGCACAUGGAGUGCAGUGACGAAUGCCAGACACUCACAAUCACAUUCAAGGUCAAGGUGGAAGACGAAUGCCAGACACACACAGUUGUGGGAAGAAAAGAGAAAGAUGGCAUAUAUAUUACAGACUACUCUGGUAAAAAUUAUUUCCGAGUUAUGGAGAAGGCAGAUGGCAUCAUCAUCUUUCACAAUGUUAAUGUCGACAACAGUGGAAAGGAGACAAAUGUGAUUUUAGUUGCUGGGAAAGAAGAGAAUCUGAGCAAAGCACAGAAACAGGAGCUUAAGAAGCUGGCGAACAAACUCAAUAUUCCAAAUGAGAAUAUCCAGCACUUGGAGCCCGCAGGUAACAGCAUUGUGUUUCACACAGCACACAAAUGCAUCUGA